GCGAAAUUUUAACACGAGUCAAAGGCAAUCAUGCGCAUCGCGCGCGCGCAACUCCAAUACUCAUGUAUUUCGCAAGUCAGAAAUUUCGCGAUACAGCGGAAAUACAAUCCCUGGAGUACGUCGAAGCAGAAACAGAGAAGAAAAUCAGAGCCACGACAGAAGCACAGAACGUUCUUAAAGAAAUCUUUCAUUUCUUGUAAGGUAAGAUUUGUCAGGAUGAGAAUUCACGUGAGUUAUCCACGUAAUGUGCAAAAAAUCUCAGAAAGACUGCAUUUUUAAGCUUCGUCAUGGUAGUCAUUGGCAAAAUAGACUAAAUCCUGACGUUUGAAUUAAACAAUAUUUAAUAAUAAAGAUAUAAACUUCAUAAUAUAGGUGGCUUUCAGAGGGUCCCCAAAGUAUAAUCCUUCUUCGCAUUUAAGCCUGGUUUCCAUAUGGUCGUAACGGUCGUAAAGAUUGAGUCACGAUCUUUCUCGUCAGCCGAAAUACAACAUUUUAGAACUGAAAAUACGUGGAGUGAUUAUAACUAGAGAAUACUUAUGAUUUAAAUGUGGUUUCCAGGUAUAAACCAUUAUCAACUGGCCGUUGAGAAAGAUCGUGACUCUAUUUUUACGACCGUAUGUAAACCAGGGUUUAGCAUGCUGUCUGACAAAGAGAUUUCUCAAUCUCAGACCAUGUCUCUCCAUAAAUUACAGGAACAGCGAUUUUGCAAUUUAAUGCCAUAUAGAUUAUAGUAUUAUUAUAACAGCUAUUUUUAGGGCCCCGCAAAUGCAUGUCUGGGCAAGACAACCAGGAAAUAUUGUGGAUGACGUCAAACUGGAUUAGGAAAUAGAAAUAGACAAUUCAAGAAAGAUUGCAUUGAAUAUUUUUGCUGGAUAAGAUAAACAUACCACCUAGACUGUAUUUGACGUGCAAGGGCAUGUAACCGCGUUGUAUACUUAAGUAACAAUGGCCUCUAAAUGCAUUUGUGCAAAGAUCUCUUGAACAGUGGCGCUCAUGUCAACGAAUACAGAGUAAAGACAAAAGCAGAGGCAUCCCUCCUGGACGUCCGCCAUUUUGAAUAUUAUCAGGGGGUGAAUGCCUCUCAAACGCGCACUGGCUAGGACCAUGGCGUCAGCAUUUUGAUAGCGAAUUACGGUUACGCCAAAAUCAUUGGAAAAUCAUAGGAAAUACCAAAAAGUCGGCCUUCUGUAUAGUCUAUUCUGUGGCGUUGUAGAAUAUGAAUAGAGACCUUACGAUUUAGGACAGCAACGCGACGGUAACGGCUACCAAUACAAUAGAUCAUUGAAAAGAACUGAAUAAUUACAAUAUAUGAAUAAUUUAGACAUCCUGUGUAACGCCAUUAUUCGAGAAUGUCUAAGCCCCUGAUCAGACGAGGAAUUUCUUGCUCGCGUUUGACUGCUAGCUAUAAACUCUCAUACGAAGCUAAGCGUAGUAUGACAGACCCAAAAAGCUCGAAGCUUAUGUAUAAAACACUUAUAUUUUGCAGAGUAAAUGGCGCAGUCGUUGGAAGAGGGUUUAUAUCAUUUAAACUUAAUGUCAAGCACGUCUGACUACUGUGGAAUGUGGGGUCUUGAUGAGCUAUACAGAGUUUGCAGAGAUGACGAGAACAUUAAUCCAGACAUCGUGUGUAAAGCGAAUCCGAAUGAUCAAGAUUCAUGGAACCGAACAGUUGAACAACAUAUCAACAAUGGCAGUCAAAAUAGUUCACGAUUUAUCUCAACGACCAUUUCACGCGAUGUGGCCUUAAAGUGGGCGUAUUAUACGAUGGAAAAUCCUUCUAAUAUCGAAGAAAGGCUGACACCACGACGAAUCAUAAAAAUCUUCAUUUCUAGGAUUCCUCAAGAUACAGCAAGUCAGAUGAUCAAUCUUACAGUUGAAGAAGUGCGGAAUUAUUUUUUGGGCGGAGCAACUCAGAUAUGCCGAGCAAAAAGUUCUCAAGAAGUUCUGUUUCAAAAGUAUAUACCAUUCUAUACAUGGUACCAGGGAAGUUCACAACAAGUCUUCGAAUUGUGGCAACAUCCACCAAAGCCCCCAAAACCGAAAUCAAAAAACCCUAAAAAUAAUGUUUAUAAUGUCUUGUCCGGCAAAGGGAAAAGUGAAGCCAAGAUGGCUGCCAUUGACGUCCAAUAGCUCUGAAAGUCGUAAACAGUUUUUAUACCAUUUUCCCCCCAGCUAAUUCCAGUUUUUCUCUAACACACCGCAUUGCUAAACAAGUUAUCAGUUCAUAAAACCAUGGUGUUGUUCUUUAAAUCGAAGUCAAAAUACGAAAUUUCGGUACACUCCUUUUCAAGAUGGCGGAAAUUGAAGGAGCUAUUGGACGUCAGUUCCAGUCCCUUUCUAUUGUUUUUGUCUGCGCGGUUAACACAAAGCUGGCUUCACUUUUUGGACUCAAGUUCUCACUCCAGGUAUAUAUGGAGCUCACUGGGGCUUUAUAGUUAGGAAGAGUUCUUCUCAGCCAACAAAUAGAAAACAAUAGGUACGCACUGCGUACAUGUGGCUAGCCUAUUCAGACUUUUAAUCACAGCUGGAAUUCACAUUGUCAUAAACAUUCAUCAAACAUUCAUUGUGAUACAAAAUUAAUAAUUACAAUUAUAGAAUAAUGGUCAAAAUAAAACAGAUUCAGUAUUUUUCUUACAAUUCCAACAAAUGGCUUUGAUAGCAAUGGCACAGCCAACAAUAUUAUUGAGUCGCACUUUAAUUAAUAAAUGUUUUGCUUUAAUAAUAAGCAUAUACAGUACAGCAAUACAAAAAUAUAGUGAGAGGUAUUGUAAUGCAUGUCUAAACAAUCCAGCAAUUCAUUAAGAUUUCAUUGCAUGGUUUAAAAGUUUUCUUGAAUUGCUGGCAUUGCAAAUUUCAUAAAACCUUUCAAUUCAAAGUUCUUCAUUAAUAUAACAUUUAAUACUAGACAGAUUUUAAAAUUUU